AUGAAUUUUAUGCCUGAAUCUCUUCCUGGUAAGCAUGUUAGCUACGGUGGACAAAAAAGGAAACGCACAAAAGAGCAAGUUGGUUGGCGUAAAAAAAGCAUUUUCUUUGAGCUCCCAUAUUGGGCCAAUAUGAAGUUGCGACAUAACCUAGACGUCAUGCAUGUUGAGAAAAAUGUAUGCGACAGCUUAGUUGGCACAAUAGUCGGGUUGGAAAAUAAGACCAAAGAUACAGUUAGCGCUAGAGUAGAUUUGGAGAAGAUGAAGAUAAGGCCAGAAUUGCAUCUGAGAAUGGUAAAUGGUCGAAUGGAAAAGCCAGCAGCGAAAUACACAUUUAUUCCUGAAAAUCGACAUAAGUUUUGUCGACAGUCAAAUUUCCAGAUGGAAAAACCAAUUGCCAAGACCAUUAUUGACUUGUGCACUUUCUUCAAGAUUAUUUGUGCUAGAACUCUGAUUGUUUCUGAUUUGGAGAAAGUGAAAACAUCAAUUGCUGAAAUUCUUUGCGGACUAGAAAUCAUUUUUCCGCCAGCGUUUUUUGAUGUUAUGGUUCACCUAAUGAUACAUUUGCCUCAAGAAGCAAUAGAUGGAGGGGUGGAAACAAGGUUUAAUCGUCCAGAUAGAAAUGUUGAUGCAAUUCCAUCACUAAAGAAGUUGUCUGUGUUUCAAUCUCAAGGUCGUCCGAUCAGUAAGAAGACACUAACAACUUUGGACGAUGAACUUAAAAAAACUGCUGAGUGGUACAUUCUCAACAAUUGCAUUGAGAUUCUCCCAUAUAUUCAAGAGCACAAGCAGAUCCUUUUAUCUAGUGGUGCUGAAAACCUAGAUCAAUUACAGAAAAAGGAGUUCCCCAUGUGGUUUUACAAUAAGCUUUACAAUCUUCGACAAGCAGGAUCUGCAGAAGCUUCUGAAGAGUUAUUCUCCUUAGCAAGCGGCUCCUCUAAUCUUGUUUCUUCAUACACUGGGUGUAUUGUCAAUGGAGUUCGAUUUUUGUGUUAUGAUAGAGAUAAAAAUUUGAAAACUCAAAACAGUGGUGUCUUAGUACCCGGAGUAGACAACAAAAAUUUCUACGGGCAAUUAGAAGAGGUUAUAGUGAUGUCAUACCUUGCUGGUUGUUCUGUUGUAUUAUUUAAGUGUAAAUGGUUUGAUACAGAUCCUACCAAGAGUAGGAUGAAGCAUGAAAAUAAUAUAACCAGUAUAUUUACUAAGUUCGAGUGGUACAAAGAUGACAAGUUUAUCUUGGCAACUCAGGCAAAACAAAUUUUCUAUCUUGAUGAUUUGAAAAAUGACCGGGAUUGGAAAAUUGUUGAAGAAGUUCAUCAUAGAAAUGUGUGGGACACCCCAGCAACUGAUGAACAGUUGGAUCCCAUUGAAAUAGAUGUUAUGCAUGACACAAUAUCAUCUGAUUUCCAAUUGUUUGUCGAUCUUGGUCCGUUGCCUGAAAUCAAUUUUUGCCGUAGAGAUCAAUUGCCAUAUGUUGUCAAUGUAGAUACUCCUAUUGCUUGCACUUAUUAUUUAUGGAUAACCAUAUAUAUCAUUAUAUCAUUAUUCGUUGAUAUGUCUUCUGCGGUUAUGCAACAUCACGGAGGGGAUGGUGGGGCAAAUCCUCCUCCAGAUCCAACGCAGAUACAGGCUGAUUGUGAGAGAGAAAUAAUAGUGACGACUAAAACGAAAAGGCGUGGCAUCAACAAGGGGUUUUCAACUCGAGAAGCUAGAGUUGCAUUAGGUAGACCACUACCACUGGAGUGGGAUGUUCGAGGGAAGACUUACAAAGAAAUUGGUAAUUAUUCCCAACAUUUCUCUAGAGAGAUCGGCAUUCUCAUUCGACAAUAUGCCGAUCCCGACUACGACCGAUGGGAUAAAGUACCCAGCGAAGUUAGAGAUCGCAUACUUCCUCGUCUAGAGGAUGAUUUAUUCGACAUUGGUCGAAGUCGAUAUGCCUCAGAGAACCUCCCCGGCAUUCUUUUGGGCAUUCAACGGUCGUGCGCUGAUCGUUACUCGGAGUGGAAGAAUGACUUGUCCACUCAUUUAAAAAAGAAUGGUCGAGCACAUCCUCCUGAUGGUUUGGUGGUGGAGAAAUGGCAGAAGGCGCUCCAGUAUUUUGAUCGCCCUGAAGUGAAGAGGCGUUCUGAGACUAACUCUGCGAACCGUGCAAAACAAAAACAGAGAAGCGUGCAGGGUUCACAGUCUACGCCAGCCCUUCGUUACAAGAAGCGUGAUUUACAAACUGGGUGUCUUGCUGGGGUUCCAGAGAUUUGGAUGGCGACUAAGUAUAUAGACGGGGAAGGUUGGGUGAGCAAGGCAGCAAAAGAUAACUAUGAAAAGAUGAUAGAGAUACGUGACACUCUGCAGUCACAAUCAUCUACGAGCGCCUCUGCCUCGAGUACUAUCCCGAGAGAAGAUGAUGACAUUAUUCUUGUUGAGACGAUCUUUGGACGUCGUCGAGGCUAUCAGCUGGGUCUUGGUCGUAGGAUUCGCACGAGGGCGAAUUGUGAAGCGGCUGAGGUACCUCAACCAACCCAACCACCUCCUACCGCACAAGACAUGCAAGAGGUGAGGGAGCGACUCCGAGCCAUAGAGGAGCACUUGGCUAGGAUUGGUGGAGUCUCGGGAUCUGGAUCUUCUCAGCAAGGUCCUGGUGCCGAUCCUACAACACCUAGUUAAAAAUAUUUAUAUUUA